AUGCAGAACACGGAGACGAGGAAAUAUCAGCUAUUCCCUAGGGAAAAACAGCUCCCAUCACCGAUCAUAGGGAAACAAUUGGACCCCGAGCAAGCUUUUGCCAUGGCUAUGGGACAGGCAGAAAAGACCUCGGUAUCGACCGGCCUCCGGAUGAGAAUUAAGGAACACAACUUGACGAGAAGGAAGAAAAUCAGUGUCCCCGAAUUAGGACCUAUGACGACAGUACAGGAGGUUCCAAUGGAUUCUCCAACGAUCCCAGGCCGGCCUGCGUUGCAUGAACGAUCCAUUAGCACUCCCGUUAACUCCUGGCGCCAACGUCAUCUCGUCGAGUGUGCGUCCACUGUGAAGGAGAGUCUGGCCGAGAAUCCAGAAGUAUCUGCCCCUUCUGAAGAUAUGCGGAAACCCACUGGCUCGCCGUUGAAACAGCCGCUCUCACCCAAGGAUCUGGCACCUUUAACGAUACCCACGCAAAGUGGCCCAAUUCCGAGACUGGCUCGGCAACUUUCAUUCAGCCGCCUUAUAAAUAAGGACAAGGAACCGGAAUCAGUACUAAAGCCAGCUCGGACUGACGACUCACCAAAGACGCGCACUCCAUUCACCCCUGCUUCAACCUCGAUCACGACCCCUAUGUCGGCGUCUACGAACAUGACUACUUCGACAUUACCAACACCAUUAUCAGCACCUGCUGAAUGCCGAGCUUCUCCGAGACCAUGGGAAAGACUAGGCUCAAUCACGCCUGUUCUUGAAUCACAACCGUUUAAUGAUUGUACGACCUCGAAAGCAGAGUCCGAGACGCGAGCCAUCCUGAUUCCAUCGCAUAGGCGUGGCCAUUCCGAGUCUGGAAGCAUCAUGGAUCGCGGGCGUCCGCGAAAGCGAAGCGAUGGUACACCAAUUGGUGGUACUCACAAGCGGGAUACAUCCAAGAGGAGCAUUAGUGCCGAGCGUCGGGCCUUCGAGGUCCUACCUCAAGGAUGGAAGUCUACUGAUGCAGUGAAGAAUUUGGACGCGUCUGAAGUUGCUUACUUACACAAGCAAGCACUAGGCCAAGUUCUGAGGUUCGAGGUACUCAAGAAGGACGACGUUGAGAGCCUUUCGAAGGAACUUCGCCAUCUUGAUGAGCGAACCGAGUAUCUUCGCCGCACUUAUACUUCUCUACGCGCCGGACGCCGAAAUCUUCAUAGCCGCAUUUGUCAAUAUUUGCGGUCUCCUCGCGUUGCCAAAUUUAGUUACGAAUCAAUGCUGAAGCAGGAAGAAACGCUUGCAGAGCUUGAUGCCUCAAUUGAUGAUUGGGUUACUAAACUUGAACAUGCCGAGAAUCGACGGACCCGUGUAAGGCAAAAGCUUCUUGAGCAUGUUGCUGCCGCGUCUACCCUCUCGAUGGUUAAAGACGUUGCUGGUGCAAGCGAGAUCCUCCAGCAAGCUGCGGGGAUUCGAUUUCCCACUGGAGCUUCUGAUAUCUCGACACCACCCCGAAGCCCAACCAAGACUAGGACCCCUACCCCGUCUCAGUCGCCACCCCGGAGCCCAACCAGGACUAGUACCCCUCCUACUAGGUCUAGCACCCCUACCCAGUCUCAAUCGCCGUCCACAUCGCCUCAACGUGUUGUCGCCAGAGUCCCUUCAAUGAUCCCGGAGCUACCAGCCGAGGAACUCGAAGAGCCUCCGGUUGGCGGUAAACGCAAGAGUUCAUCAGCGGAGUCCACUCUUCAGCGGAUGGAAAGCAUUCGCAUUUAUGCUGAUAGCGAUGUUUACGCCCUCCUCGCAGACGUCGAAAAUGAAUUUACUAAACUGAACGGUGGUGCUGCUGAAGUCCCAUGCACACAUGAAACAGAAGAGCAACGUAGAAAUAUACAUCGCACCCGCAGCCACGAUAUCAUUAACAACGGUUACCCAAAAGAUCUCAAUAAGACAACUCCCAUUUCACCACCGGCACCCACGCCGCCGGUCAAGAACUCCCCCACGGGCGACAUUUUCUUGACUGCUGCAGUUUUCCAGCCGACGCGAACAGGAACACCUGCAUCUAAUUAG